CAUGUGAAGCAUCAAAGCAUUUACUGAGUAAUAUGUAAACAUUUAACAAUAAUAAUAAUUACAUUAUUUAUGAAAGAUUAAGGAAACUAAAAAGAAGGAAAAGUUAAGAAAUGGACGUAGGAUGGUAGUAGUUGGAAAUGGUGGAAUUGCAUCUGAAAUCAUUCAUGCUACUAGAGGAAUAGAAAAAAUUUGGGUUGUAAGAGAUGAUUAUAUUUCAGCAGCAUUUGUAGAUCCAGGUGCAGCUGAAUUCUUACAAGAUUCUGUGAAGAACUGUAAAGAAAAACAGGAAAAUACUGUCUUAAGAAGACAUAUUUUCAGUGAAGAGGAUACAUUGGUAUCAGUAAAUAAAAAUCUUAAAUCUGCUGCCUUGGGACCUGAUUGGUAUAGAAAGUUGGAAAAUGUUAUAAGUAGUGAGGGGAAACAGGAAUUGGAAAUAAUUUACAAAACAGAAGUUGAAUCAGUGAUAGAAAAAGAAAACACAGCAUACCCUCUUUAUGUGAAACUUUCAAAUGGGAAAGCAAUAGAAUGUGAUUUUGUUAUUUCAGCAACUGGGGUUGAGCCAGCUGUCAACUUUACUUGGGACAAGGAGCCAGUUUUUGGUAAAGAUGGAGGCAUAGCAGUAAAUGAACUACAACAGACAUCAAUUCCACAUGUGUUUGCAGCUGGAGAUGUGGCAAGUGCAUCAUGGGAACAUUCUGCUCAUUGGUUUCAACUCCGACUGUGGACACAAGCUAGGCAAAUGGGGGCAAUGGCCGCAAAAGCAAUGCAUGCCAAAAUUAAUAAAGAAGAUGUUUUGCAAGAUUUUUGUUUUGAGUUGUUUACACAUUGCACUACUCUUUUUGGACAUAGAGUAGUGUUACUUGGUAAAUAUAAUGGACAGGGACUUGAUAAAAAAUAUGAGAUCCUUCUCCGAGUAACUCGUGGUCACGAGUAUAUAAAAUUUGUUUUACAGAAUGGUAAACUCCAAGGUGCUAUUUUAAUUGGUGAAACAGACCUUGAAGAAAUGUGUGAAAAUUUAAUACUAGAUCAAAUUGAUUUAACCCCGUAUGGUGAUGAUAUUCUUAAUCCUGAUAUAGACAUUGAUGAUUAUUUUGAUUAAAUUUUCUUAAGUCCAAAUUUGCCUUUAGAUAAACGUGCCAGUGCUUCUUUUUAGGACAGCGCCUAAUGGAAAGAUGUGGAUUUAAUGUUGAAAUUUUAAUCUGUCAUUAAAACUGCAUGAUUAAAUAACCCUUAUUAUUAUAUAUAGUUGUAUUGAUACACAAAUUAAUUUUGCAAGAUAAUGCAGUUGUUAGCCAUUGUUAUUUCAAAUUGGUGGUUUCGCCAUGGGAAUGAAAUAAUAUUGAGAUUAUAUUUAUAUUAAUACCUAGUAUUACAUGGCAUAGCAUUAAAAUAUAAAACAGAUAUCUGUACCUACAUUUAAACAUGUGUCCAAGGACACCACUUGGAAGAUCAAAUCAAAUAUUUACUUAAUAAUUAUUAUUUAUGAAUGAUGAAUAAAAAUGUUAUUGGUUUAUAUGUGUACAAUGUAUAUUUUAUGAUUAUAUUAAUUGUUCAGAUUUCAUCAUUUGAACAUGAACGAACUGCUGACAUGGAUCCGGUGUGUGCUAAAUAUUAGCAGCUAAAUAGCAAUUUUAAUUAUAUUUUAUUUAAAUAUUGAUCAGCUGCUGACACGGCUCAUAUGUGUUCCAAAUUAUAAUAGCUGAGGUUGCGCGAUACACCAACAGCUCACUAGAAAAAUACCAUGUAUGUGUGAAUAGGUGUAAUUAGUAUUUAAGAUAUUGUGUUUUAAAUAUAAUAAAUGAGAUUUGAAUAUUG